GUAAAUUAUUGUAUUUUUUCAGUAAAAUUGAGAAAGGCUCUGGAAUAAAAUGAUAAAUUUAAAGCCAGAUUUGAUAAAAUGUUUUCACUGAAAUUGAGAAAAGAGAGCUAAAUUGAUAACAGCCAAGAAAAAAAUCGAUAAAAGUUCAGAAAAAAAUUGAGAAGGUCUUCCUUUUAAAAUACUAAAAAAAACAUUAUAUUAAUGAACACCGAUUUUGAAAUGAAUAAAUUAAGCCUCCAACAAGAGGAAGAGGAACAAAUUACCGAGAUUUAUAUUAGCAUGAUGUCUAUGAUGAGAUCUAAAUGGGAAACCACUAUGCCUUCCUCAGAUGCUAUGGAUCUCGAUGAAGAAGUUAAUGAAGAACUAGGAGCUCUUGACUCAGAAGAGAAUAACUAUAACGCAGAUAAUAGUGAAGAUGAGAAUGAAAGUAACGAUAAACUAGCAAAGCCCACUGUUGAAGAAUUUGCUAAGAAACUUGCCAGCAACAAUACAAUAAAGAAAAUGUGA